AUGAACAUCCUAGAAUGGGCAUUCGGCAAACGCAUGACGCCAGCCGAGCGUCUGCGCAAGAACCAACGCCUCCUCGAUAAGGCCAUACGCGAGAUCGAUCAGCAGAAAGUCAAGCUCGAGAGACAGGAGAAACAGCUCGUCACCCAGAUCAAGCAGAGUGCCCAGAAGGGCCAGAUGGGAGCGGCCAAGAUACAAGCAAAGGACUUGGUGCGCACACGAAGGUACAUUGAAAAGUUCUACGGACUCAAGAGCAAUCUGCAAAAGAUAUCCUUGCGGCUUCAGACCCAUCGGACCAACGAGCAGAUGAUGCAGGCCAUGAAGGGCGCCACCAUGGCUCUGGGAAGCAUGAACCGAACCAUGAACCUCCCCGCCUUACAACGGAUUGCCAUGGAGUUUGAGCGCGAGAACGACAUAAUGGAGCAGAGGCAAGAGAUGAUGGACGACGCCAUCGACGACGCCAUGGAUGUUGGUGUCGAGGAAGAGGGUGACGAAGUCGUAGAGCAGGUGUUGGAGGAGAUAGGCGUCGAUCUGAAUCAGGCCCUCGGGGAGACGCCCACAGGUCUACAAUCCGAUAAAGUUGCCGAGAAUAGAGUGGCCCAGGCCAUCGGAGGUCCCAGCGGAGGCGGUGAUUCUGCGGAUGACGACCUUCAGGCUCGUCUUGACAGUCUAAGGAAGUGA